AUGCCCUUGCUACGAAGGCUAUCUUCUAGCUUCAGAAAGAACAAGGCAACCAGUGGAAAUGGUGGCAACGGUAGCAAUGGUGCUCUCCCAUCGAUUGACGAGUCUAAGCAUUCUCCUGCGGUCAACGGGAACAGCACCAGUGGUGAGGCGACGAAUGGUGCGUCGAUUGGCCAGAGCCUGCAGAAGACGAAAGAUGUCCGACGACGUUCAACGUACAAACCUACCACCAUCCCGGAUCCUCCAGCACCAGAGGAGAAAGAGGAUGGAUCACCAGCGACACGCAGGGAUGUAGAAAGUGCUUUCAGCCAAUUCGCAGAACUGAUCCACGCAUCGCAGCGUCCGCUUCCGACCCAGUCAGGAGACGGGCAAUACCUCGAGAAGGAGGAACCGACUGGUUUCUGGCAGGAUCUCAAACACCUGGGGCUCAAGGAUGCCCAAGCAGCCUUGCACAUGGUCGAGGACAAGCUCUCUGGUGGCCCGGUUGACGACCGAAAGAUGCACAUGGAAGAGGUUAUGCAACUCAUCGCCGCUCUUCCUGAUCGCUCUGCCAAUCGGGUCAAGCUCACCGGCGCUCUCUUGGACCUCCUGUGGAACUCGUUGCAACAUCCGCCAAUGUCUUAUCUUGGAGAUGACUACAAAUACCGUUCUGCUAACGGAUCGAACAACUCCUACAUCUUUCCAAAACUUGGUGCCGCCAAUACCCCCUACGCACGGUCAGUCCAACCCAAGACGGUGCAACCUGGUGCGUUGCCCGAUCCCGGACUCUUGUUCGACUCGCUCCUGGCAAGAGAAGAAUUCAAGCCUCAUCCCAACAACGUCUCGAGCAUCUUCUUCAAUUGGGCCUCGUUGAUUAUCCACGACCUCUUCCAAACCGAUCACCGUGAUUAUAACAAUAGCAAAACCUCCAGCUACCUGGAUCUCUCCAUCUUGUAUGGCGACACUCAAGAAGACCAAGAUUUGAUGAGGACGUUUGAGCACGGCAAGAUCAAACCAGACUGCUUUGCCGAAGAAAGACUCCUUGCGUUCCCACCAUCUUGUGGCGUCAUGCUCAUCAUGCUCAAUCGGUUCCACAACUACGUAGUUGAGCAGCUAGCCCUCAUCAACGAGAACGGCCGUUUCACGCCACCCUCCGGCAAGCUCUCAGGAGAAAUAUCCCAAGCAGCAUGGAAGAAGUAUGACAACGACCUGUUCCAGACCGGACGACUGAUUACAUGUGGCCUGUAUAUCAACAUCACGUUAUAUGAUUAUCUCCGCACGAUCGUGAACUUGAACAGAACUAACAGCACCUGGACAUUAGAUCCACGUAUGGACGCACCAAAGAGCUUCGGAAGUGACGGUACUCCAAAAGGAGUCGGCAACCAAGUCAGCGCUGAAUUCAGUCUUUCGUAUCGUUGGCACUCUUGUAUCGGCCAAAUGGAUGAAGCCUGGACAGAGAAGGUCUACUAUGAGUUGUUUGGGAAGAAGCCGGACGACGUCUCGCUCAAGGAAUUGAUGAUGGGACUCGGGAAGUACGACCACGAUCUGCCAAAAGAUCCCCUUCAAAGACCAUUUGCUCAUCUCAAGCGCAAUGCCAAUGGCAAAUUUGAAGACGGCGAACUUGCGAAGAUCAUGCAAGCUGGCAUCGAGGAGGUUUCAGGCGCAUUCGGAGCUCGAAACAUCCCCAAGUCUCUUCGAGCCAUCACCAUUCUAGGCAUUAUGCAAGGACGGUCAUGGAACCUCUGUACACUUAAUGAGUACAGGAAAUUCUUUGGUCUGAAGACUUACGACACAUUCGAAGAAGUCAACCCAGACCCAUACGUGGCCGACCAGCUCAAGCAUCUCUACGAACACCCGGACUUCAUCGAGCUAUAUCCUGGACUGGCAGUCGAAGAAUACAAGGAACCAAUGGUCCCAGGCGUGGGGAUCUGUCCGACACACACAAUAUCUCGGGUGGUCUUGUCUGAUGCUGUUGCCUUGGUCCGUGGUGACAGGUUCUAUACUCUCGACUAUACACCCAAGAACCUGACCAACUGGGGCUACAAUGAGGUUGCGUAUAACCUUGCCGUUAAUCAGGGCUGCGUGUUCUAUAAGCUCAUCCUCCGGGCUCUGCCGAAUCAUUUCAAGGCCAACAGCAUCUAUGCCCAUUAUCCAAUGACGAUUCCGAGUGAGAACGCUAAAAUCAUGAAGAACCUUGGGCGUUAUCACGACUACGACUGGAGUGUACCAGAGUACAUCCCUACCCGUGUCACCCUGACCUCGUACCAAAGUGCCAAAUACCUCCUAGAACGGGCUCAAGACUUCACAGUCAUGUGGGACGAUGGUCUGGGCUUCGUCAUGGGCAAGGGAGGCGAGAGGUUCUGUCUCGGAGGUGACACCGUCUUCCACCGCAAGCAGCGCCAAACCAUGGGUCAGCUCAUCUACAGGGAUAAAUGGCACGAGCAUGUCAAGCAUUUUUACGAGUAUAUGACCUUGCGUCUUCUCCACGAGAAAAGUUGUACCAUUGCUGGCAUCAACCAGGUGGAUUUGACUCGAGAUGUGGGAAAUCUGGCACACGUUCACUUCGCGGCGAACAUGUUUGCCCUGCCUCUCAAGACGGCCGAAAACCCAAAUGGCAUCUUCUCGGAGCAGGAACUAUGGAUGGCAAUGAGUGUGAUCUUCACGGCGAUCUUCUUCGACUUUGAGCCAACGAAGUCAUUCCCGUUGCGCAUGGUGGCGAGGAAGCUUGCAACCAUGCUCGGCAAACUUAUCGAAGUCAACAUUAAGUCUGUAACGGCCACCUCCUUUGCAUCCAGGUUCUUCGACAGUCGGAGGGAGAACGAGAACGCGCUGGCCGACUACGGCAUUCACAUGGUCCGUCGCCUCAGCGAGACCGGCAUGAGCACCUACGACAUGGCAUUCAGCCAGAUCAUGCCAACCGCUUGCGCCAUGGUGCCGAAUCAGUCUCAGGUCUUCACCCAGAUCAUGGACUACUACCUGAGCGACGAAGGCCUCAAGUAUCUGCCAGACAUCCAGCGCCUUGCCAGGGUCGACAGCAAAGAGUCCGACGAGAAGCUCCUGCGCUAUGUCAAUGAAGGCAUCCGUCUGAACGGCACUUUCGGAAGCUACCGCCGCGCCGAAGUCAACCAUACCUUUGACGACGAUGGGCGGAAAGUCUCGGUCAAGCCGGGCGACAAGGUCUUCUGCGGGUUUGUGAAAGCGGCAAAAGAUCCCCGAAUCUUCCCCGACCCCAACGAGGUUCGUCUUGAUAGACCAUUAGAGUCAUACAUUCACUACGGGAUCGGCGAGCAUACCUGCCUUGGCAAGGAGGCCAGUUUGGUGGCCCUGACAGCCAUGCUCAGAACGGUGGGCAAGCUGGAGAAUUUGCGAAGAGCGCCAGGACCGCAAGGCCAGCUGAAGAAGGUCCCUCGAGACGGAGGCUUCUACGUCUACAUGCGAGAAGACCACGGCUCGUACUUUGUAUUCCCGUGCACGUUCAAGGUCCAUUAUGACGGGUCGCUGCCGCCACUGAGCAAAGUCAAGGCCGAGCAUUAA